UAUCAUUCUCGUACCCCCUCCCCAAACUCUUCGACAAGCUGCGCAGUCACCAGUGUUCAACAAAGAGACCUGGUUUCAUCGAAAGUUGGCAUCUACAGGCUGUGGUAGCUACUCAUGAUAAUUUGUUCAGCGACUGAUACCAGUGGUAGCCACCUCACUACAUCGCGCAUCAACCGACUGCUGAGACCUUUGCGUAACAAAUGCUUGAGUUUGAGCAAGUCGUUGUCCACCGCUCGACACGGUGCGUCUCGCAGCACAUACUCAUCACAUAGUCAAGACUGGCCACUUGAUUGCCCUCCACCACUUGCCCUCCUUCCUCAACCGUCAUCUGCCACUAGAGGGAGGUUCAACUAUUUCGACAGAGCAGAAGACUUGGAGCUCUCUCGCUUGAUAUACGCAGUUUGUGAUGCCUUUAGAUGUAUCCUCCGGGUCACGCACGGAUCGGUGCCAGGGGAGUCGAUCCCCAGCCUGGCAGCCAUGUGCUGCUUCGUAGUUGGAGAAAACGUUCCGCUGAGUGGCAUCGGAACGCGUGACAGCCAAGAGGAAGUUGUAGACGAAGAUGAGCUGAUGAAAACUGUGGAGGACAUCUAUGACACUAUCCCGACCUACUAUCGACGACAUUCGAUUGCGUCCCAUGCACUUUUCCUUGUGCUGGCGAUUUGUCCGCAUCACCAUACGCUUGUCAGCGCUCUUUUGGAUAUCUGCUUGUCUUUUGGUCUAGUUCACGAAUCUCGCUGUUUGCUCAGCAUCAUCCUUGAAAUUGCCUUCUUGUUCACCACCUCUCCCCCUCCAAUCACACACCCGGGACAUGCAUUCUACCUUGCCGAUCUUCUUGCUCGAUGGGUAUCCGGGAAUAGCAACACCAUGCCUUCUGAUGCCGUUCCGCUAUUCUCGGUCUCGACGUUCUCGCAAGCGGUUGCAGAUGCUCUAGCUCAACAAAAUGUCUCUUUAUGGACAUGCAAAGCGGUCGAUAGGUUCUCUCGCAGCGUCGAGUUGACCGAUAUCGACUCUUUUGAAAAGGAAACCAUCGAUAUUGGGGCUAUUCGUUGCUGCUUGCAUGAUUGGAUGAACAGGCUGUUUGCAGUUACCGUUAGCGCCCCUGCAGGACCUGCAGAUGAAUCCCGCUGUCCCGAUAUUGACUCUGUCAUUAUAUUACUCGACCGGUGUCGAAGCUACGGAAUGCAUACCCUGCGACUGGGUGAUUCAGCUCAACCUUCCCAAGACGAACUUCCUGACGCAAUCACGAUACUCGCCACGCACCUUCAUGUUACAUAUUCACUGGCAGACUAUGAUUCACGUCUCUUGGAUCUGCUUCGUGAAGUUUCACCUAUUCCCACAACGUUCACUGGCCUCGUUAAGCAUAUGCAUCGAGGUUCCGCGCACGAUUUUAUGACAUCGCUUCAGCAGUUCUCGUCGGCUCUACAAACGCACAAGCUACUACAGUUGGACGCCUCGCUGUGGGCCUGUGCUCUUCAUGUCUUCGAGAGCACGCCGAAAGGCACCUCAAAAGAGAUCCAGAGAUUCAAGCUUCUCUUGAUCGACGGUGUGGACGAGGCCGAGCGCCGGUUAUUUGGAGCUGGUCCACCCGAUAGCAGCCCGGCUGUUCGGAUGCCAGGCCAGAGCAAGAGAUCCCGUGGCGCGCACCAUCGUCGACCGAGUGGAGAAUGGGAGUGGGAGGAAAUGGUUGGCUGCUGGAUUCGCAAGACCCCUGCUCAUGUGAAGAAAAAGAAGAAGAUUGCACAGGUUGCUUUGCACGAGAGCCCGGUUUUCAUUAAACGUUUGUUGCGCAGAGGCACUCGUCGAUAUGUGACCCAGGGUUCCUCUCGUGUCACAGUUCCACAAAGAUCUGCAAGGUCUGCGACGGGGUCUACCGCAUUUAGGGCUUCCGAUCGUCUUUCUUCACCUUCCUCGCGGGGAAGCGAAAUCUUUGCGGAAGACGCAAAUGAUCAUUCUUGGUGGGGUGGAGAAAAUGAUAAAGAGAAUCUAAUGCCAAGUUCGCCCUUGGCAGAACGUCGACCAGCACUCAAACCACGUCACUCCAACUUCUCUUCGAUUCUGAUGGAUGCCCAGAAGAACAGAGUUAAUCUACACGAUCAGAAAUCUCCUACGAUCAGCAUCUCGUCCAGAUCCAAACGAUCGCAGCCUUUGUUAUCUCGGAAAGUAUCUGUCUACUCACCUGCGGCCAUGUUACCCUCUGAUGACUCUAUGGACUUGUUCGCAUACGCAACUUCUCCCUUAGGACAUA